AUGGACAACUUCAUGGGCCAGCUGCUGAGCCAGAAGGACUCGCUGAGGGGUAGCACCACGGGCACGUUCAUUGCGCCGUUCAACCAAGGUGUGCGCACGUCGUUCUCUGCAGUGCACGAUCAUGCCGAGGUCGCCGUCAAGGUCGUCCGCGAACGCGAGAGGCACUUCUUCGCCACGUACCAGCUUGUGAGCGCCCUACCGAUCACGAUCGCUGAAUGCGUCGCGUCCAUCGGCGGCGUACUCGGCAAGCGGUUCGAGAUCAAGCGCGUCCCCUUCGAGCAGGCCGCAGACAUGUUCGUCAAGAUAACUUACGGGGUCGACCAGGGGGACGAAAUGAACUAG